AUGAAUCCAUACCGUGGAGUGCAAAGUAACGCCCCUGUGUCCUGCAGCAGCUGUGGGGGCUGCUGUUCCCCACCACCUCCAAAUCUUAUCCCACCUGCCCAUCCAUCAUCUAAUACUUCUGCACCCUUCAACAUGACCCCGCCACCCCUCAUGGUCCCUGCUCCUGUCGUCCAAAUAGAGAAUGGCAGCACCUGGAUCGCUGUGUCCCCAGACUCCGGUCACCAGUGUGGGACUGGCAAUCCAUAUUGGACUGCAGUUUUUGAUUAUGAGGCCACAGCAGAAGAAGAAUUAACAUUACGGAGAGGGGAUCUGCUGGAGGUUCUAUCAAAAGACUCUAAAGUGUCUGGGGAUGAGGGCUGGUGGACUGGCAAAAUUCAGGAUAAAGUGGGUAUUUUCCCUAGCAACUAUGUAACAAGAGGUGAUGCUGCCAGCUAUCAACUGACAGCUGGAGGGCUGGUACCUGAUGGAGUGGAUGAAUGUCCCUUGGAAAUAGACUUCACAGAACUGUUACUGGAGGAAGUGAUUGGAGCUGGAGGCUUUGGGAAAGUUUACAAAGGAAUGUGGCGAGGAGAAGUAGUAGCAGUAAAAGCUGCCAGACAAGACCCUGACGAGGACAUUAGUGCUACAGCUGAAAGUGUGCGUCAGGAAGCCAGGCUGUUCUGGAUGCUGAGACAUCCCAACAUCAUUGCACUUAGAGGUGUGUGCUUGAGGGAACCCAACCUUUGUUUAGUGAUGGAGUAUGCAAGAGGAGGAGCUCUGAAUCGGGCUCUUGCAGGGAAGAAAGUACCACCAAGAGUUUUGGUUAACUGGGCUGUCCAGAUUGCCACAGGGAUGGACUAUCUGCAUAACCAAGCAUUUGUACCUAUCAUCCACAGAGACCUCAAGUCCAGCAACAUUCUGAUCUUGGAGCCCGUGACCAGGGACGACUUGAGUGGUAAAAUCCUGAAGGUGACAGACUUUGGCCUGGCUCGAGAGUGGCACCAGACCACUAAGAUGAGUGCCGCUGGAACCUACGCCUGGAUGGCCCCAGAGGUCAUUAAACUCUCCCUGUUCUCCAAGAGCAGUGACGUGUGGAGUUUUGGGGUAUUGCUAUGGGAGCUGCUGACUGGAGAGGUUCCUUACAGAGAGAUUGAUGCUCUGGCUGUGGCAUAUGGAGUUGCAAUGAACAAACUUACUCUGCCCAUUCCUUCUACUUGUCCUGAGCCAUUUGCUCAGCUGCUGACUGAGUGCUGGAGUUCCACACCCCACAGCAGGCCUCCAUUCAGCAGCAUUCUGCGGCGUCUGUUGGCCAUCGAGCAGUCCACCAUGUUUCAAAUGCCCCUAGAGUCGUUCCACUCUCUGCAAGAAGACUGGAGACUGGAGAUCCAGCAAAUGUUUGAUGAGCUUCGGGCCAAAGAAAAGGAGCUGCGGUCCUGGGAGGAGGCUCUGGCCCGAGCUGCUGAGGAGCAGAGGGAGCAGGAGGAGCAGCUGAAGAGAAGAGAGCAGGAGUUGGCUGAGAGGGAAAUUGACAUUGUGGAGCGUGAACUCAACAUAAUCAUUCAUCAGAUGUAUCAAGAGAAGCCAAGUGUCAAGAAAAGAAAAGGCAAUUUCAAAAAGAGCAGGUUGCUGAAACUAGGCCGGGACAGCAACUGCAUCAGCCUGCCCUCUGGAUUUGAGCACAAAAUUACAGUGCAGGCUUCUCCGAGUGUGGACAAGAGAAAACCCCAGGGCACUGAGACGACCACUCCUCCAGCUAGUCCUGGGGUCAUCCCUCGGCUCAGAGCAAUUCGAUUGACCCCCAGUGAUGGAAGCAAAACAUGGGGCCGGAGCGCAGUGUGUAAGAAAGAAGACAUGUCUUCCAACAAGAAGAAGCUCCGUACCUGGGGCCCGAGCUCCACACAAUCAAAGGAGAGAGUCGGUGGAGAGGAGAAACUGAAGUCUCUAGGAGAAGGUUCAAAAGUUUGGUCAUCCAGUGCACCAAACCUGGGAAAGUCACCCAAACAUGCCCCUAUGACGGCUGGUUUCUCCAGCCUCAAUGAGAUGGAGGAGUGCUCUGAACUGGAAGAGUCACCCAUCUCACUCAUGCCCUCGGACAACAGUAGUAAUGGGGCAGUGGAGGACUCUGGGUCCUUGUGGAGCUCACUGGGAUCUGGCUGUGUGCACUCUACUGGAACAUCUGCUUUGGGGUCUUACCAGGGGGACACACUGCGGCGCUGUAGCCAGAGGAAGAAGAACGACAUGCUGCUUCUCGGAUGUGGAUCUUUGCUGGCCUCUGUUGGCCUCGGCCAAGACCUGUACCAAAUGGGAAAACUGCAGAUGCUUCAGGAUGAACAGGACGUCAGAGAGCGAAAGAAAGAGGGUCUUUUUCAGAGGACAGGUCGUUUUCGCCGCAGCACAUCUCCACCAAGCCGGAACUUGUCUUUGUCCCUGUCUCGACACCAGGAUACGAGUCUGCCUUGCUUGGACCCGUCCCCGUCUGUCACACUGCUUUCUUUGUCCUCUCUGUCAGACUGCAACUCCACCAAGUCUCUGCUUCCUUCUGACCCAGACGAAUAUCCAAUGACCCCAGUGGUAAGCAAAACUCAAGCAGGCUCUGCCCCUGCACUGAACCCACUUCUGGACCUGCGAGCAGAGAGCUUUAAGAAGGAGCCAAACCAGUCCCUCACUCCCACACACGUGUCAGCUGCUAUGGCUAUGAACCGAGGACACCGACGUACACCAUCAGAUGGUGCCAUUCGGCCACGUGCUCAAACUCUGGGGCACCGUCGCUCACCGUCAGACGGCAGCAUGCCAAUGCCUCCUCCGCCAACUGCGCAGACUUUAUGCACGAGCAAAGGUGGGACGUCCUUCCUUGACCCUUUUCCAAUUCAUCCAGCGCUUCAACGGCGUAAAGCUCCAGCCCCCCCUCCUCCUUUGUCUGUGCCAGAUUCAGAUGCUCUCAUCAGUCCCUUGGAAAGACCUAAAACACUGGAGUUUGCCCCAAGACCGCGGCCCACACCGGCCCGGAAAGCGGACCCUUGGAAGUUGAGCUCUCUGUCACGGACUAUGAGCUCAUCUCCAGGAAGCGGCUGCGACAGCCCUCUGGGGUCUGCAGACAGUAGUGCAAGCACAACCAAGCCCAACCUGAUGGACAUGGACAUGGAUGGUCAGAAUCUGGACAGUACUGUCCCUCUGUGUGGACAACAACAACAAGAGGCUCUAUGUGGUCAACAGUACCUAUAG